CUUGUGUCUGAGGAGUUGCUUAUAUAGUGCUUAGCUCACCUAAAUGCAUCUUGGCUUCCUCUUCAGUUGUGUUCAUUCGCAGAUGAUAUGGUGGAUAGUACUCUGGAUGGAGGGACUAGCGGAUCUCGUUAAGACAACGCAUCGAGUGGAAGAUAUCCAAAAGAACCACGUAAUGGCCUUCAUCUCCCGGUAUUUCCAUUGUAGGCAUAUCCAAUUUAUCAGCCUGCCAUUUCGGAAUUCGCGAAGGCAGAUCGUAGGUUUGCCUCUAGUAAUCAUCAAGCUGCGGGGACGGAUCUCCCAUGAAAUGAGUGGUCUCCUUGAAGGCAUUUGGGAACACGACCGUAUAGUACGCAUGGAUGCAUAGUAGUGGAAACAUCAAAGUAUUGAUAUCAGUCAGGGCUUACGAUUGGCCGUUGAUGUCUC